CACUGAAUGUAUCAGAAGAAGAUGGCUGCGCCCUGCAGAAGGAUGGCGAGUCGGUGUCUCUCGCAAUUUUUGUCAUGUUACAGCAAGACAGUGGUCAGAAGCGCGGAGUUUCGUCACUUUUCUGCCACUUCGGCUUAUCGAGCGUCAACUCGGGCCAAAAAUGUGACUGAAACAGCGAAGUCUCCGUGGAGUUUGGUGGCAGCGGUGUGUCUUCAAAGACUGCCAGUCAUUUCAACGGAGUGCAGUCCCAUCGAGCAGAAAUUCAAAGACAUGAUGUUCCAGAUCGAGCUGGAGAAAAGCAGGCUCUCGGACCACGAGCUCCGGCUGCUGGAGGACGCUGAGAUAAUGAGGCGUAAGCAGGCAGACAACUAUGACUCCGACGACGAGUACGAUCGCGGGGACCAGGAUAUCAUCUUGGCUCAGGACUUGGAAGACACAUGGGAGCAGAAGCUGAAGAGGUUCCAGCCGGCGCCCAGGGUCAGAGCUGACGUAGAUAAAGACUUGACCUCCGUGGAGCGCUGCCUGGCCGACUCCUUGGUUCUUUUGGCCGAGCAUCAGAUUGGUGAAGAGAAGCUGUGGCUGCUGCCUCAGACUCAGUGGCAGGAGGGAGAAACGCUACGUCAGACGGCCGAGAGAGCCCUCGCUUCCCUGCCAGCAGCUGGUUUCAAGGCGACUUUCCUCAGCAACGCCCCCUGCGGAGUGUACAAGUACAAGCUGCCCAAAGCCAUUCGGACGGAGAGCUCAGUUGGGAUAAAGGUGUUCUUCUUCAAAGCCAUUCUGGCAGGCCGCGCACCCCCCGCGGCCCCGAACGCUCCUUUUCUGUGGUUGAGGAAAGCCGAACUGGAGCAACACCUGAAACCGGCAUACAUGAUGAAGGUCCGCAGCUUCAUCUCUGACCUGUGACGGCUAAACCCAGGGACUAAAUACCAGGGACACUGACUUUAAAAAAAAAAAUAUCUAUGAGGCCCAGAAAUGUGUCACCUCCUAUCAUAAACUAGAAAUGUCAUUCAGUGAGAUAUGUAUGUUUCAUUAUAUGAAUAAACCAUUUUCCACACAUACUGUGAACCAGAACUUCAGAUGUUCAAUUGUUGACCAUGUAAGACUAAAGCAGGUGAGUCUACAGUCACGUCAGAGCGACCUGCAGUGUCUCACUAGGUUUCCAGAUAUCAUACUGCAUGUCACAUCAAUAACCAAAGCCUCAUUUACACCUGGUCAUAGGUGAGAUGUUUAUUUAGAGUGAUUUCAUCCAUUUCUGUAUUUUGAUAUUCAUUGUCAAUCACCGCAAUUAAAGCCGGUGCCACAGGUGA